AUAUUUUUAUCGAAAAGUUCUUCAAGUCUACAUCAAAUCAAUCCAAGUAAAAAUAAAGCGAUAUUAUUUUAUUAUAAUUUCCGUGUGUAAUUGAAGAAGACAUAUUCGUGAAUAUUAUCAUUAUAAUGCGUGUUAAACAUUCAAAAACUUUUUAGUUCAUAACUAAAAGUGAAUACCAAACAAGAAAAAAAAAAAACAAUAAACAAAACCAAUACCCAAAAACGAAAAACAAGUUUUUUUUCCAUUCUCUUGAAAAAGUGGAACCCUCAACAAACACAAUAAAAAGUGAAUCUCAAACAAAGGAAACUCAUCAAAACCUAAAAAAAAAUCAUUAAAUAAUCAUUUUCUCUUUGAAAUUUGAAUAAAUUUUCUGAAAAUUUUAAGUAAUUUUUCGGAUUUCCCAAAAAUCGAAUUAAAUUUUAUUUUUUUCAUCUCAAAAAAAAUCUCUUCUGAGAAAAAAAAGAAAAACAAAGAAAAAAUUGCGAUAAAGAACUAGAAGAAAAAAGAACGUCAAAUUUAAAAAAAAUCCCCCAUUUUCGAAAUUCAAACUACGCGCGCGCUUGAUUUAAUUUAAAUUUGUUCGAAAUUCGAAAUCACCUGGUAGGGGUAAUUAUUCUUCUUUUUUCUCUUUCUCUUUCGUUUUCAUUUUUAUAAUUCACAUAUUUUCAAUUUUUCAUUUCUUUUCGAACAAUUGAUCAUGCUGGACUUAUUUUACUAUCUGUGAAUUAUAAGAAUUUUGCUAAUUAAAUUUUGUGCCAACGAACACGAACGAAAAAAUAUCAAGUGAAUCAAAUUUGAUAAGAAACAAAUUAUUCAAAAAGAAUAAUCCUCUCGUGAUUCAUUAACAAAAAAAUCACAAAUUAAAAUUGUGUCAUAAAAACCAAAAAAACGUGUAAUGAUUUUCUUUUUGUCACCUUGAACGUGAAGAAAAAAAUCUACAAAAAAUUUAAGACAAACGGAAAAAUACGUGGAAACUUUUUUUAACUCGUUUGUGACGUCAUGUCAUUGUGCAACAAAACAGUCUUUCAAAAAAUUUAUUCUGCUGCCGACCUUCGACGAAUUAACGACAAAUUGUCAUUUAUUGUUAUUUCAUGCCGCGCUAAGUCUUUUGAAAACCGAUUACUACCAAAAGACAACUCACGCCCUUUAACUACUACCAAACCUAUUAAGAACAAUUUGAGAAUUAUUUCAAAGUCUCGUAAGAGAAUUGUUUUGUUGACUGUUAAGAAUCUUUGUAUUCCCAUAACAACAACAACAAAGACUAGAGACGACGACGACGAUAACGACCAAGACAACGCUGUCAUUAGUUGGACACGUUGGCAUAGUUCUCGUGAACCACAAUUACAAAUCCAACCACAUUUGCAAAAAUUACUUUCAGUUGAUUGUGGAAAUAAGUUAUUAAUAUGAUUUCUGGUAAUUGCAAUCGUAGUCCACAAUAUAACGCAAUGGGACCUCCAGGCGGUGCCCAGAGAUACAAUCCACAUGCCUUUGUUCAUCAACAACAUCCACAACAACAUUUGUUGUUUAUGUCUGGUGGAGGGGGGAAUACUCGGGCUUUCCCUUCAAUGUCUCGUGGUUUCUCAAUGAUGCCAAACCAUCAUGUGGGAGGAGUUGGAUCACAUCCAACUGUUUUCCAAUGUAAUAUGCAACAAGGAAUUGGUAAUAGCUUUGGGUAUCAUCAUGCUAACCCAACAGCAGCUCCAAUAUUCCAUCAACAGCAUCAUCAUCUUUAUCAGCAACCACAAAUUAUACAACAUCAUCCACAACAACCACAAUACGUUCCACAGCAGUAUAUCGCUCCACCGAAAGCUGCUAGUCACAAUGAACCGACUUCGGGAUUUAUAAAUGGUAUCAAGAAUAUGGUUAAGGGGAUUAUUCAUCCUUUGAAUUGUGAUUUCUAUAGCGAUCAUCACAAAUACUAUAAUCCCAAAUAUAGAAACAAUUAUAUGCGGGAUAUAAAGGCUGAGAAUAUGCACUAUAAGCCACAACACCAUCCACAAUCGAAUUCUCAUGUGCAGACUGUUGUGGUGGGUUUGGAAAUUAACAAACCAUCACCGACUAAAGUCGAAGAGAAGAAGAAGCCAACAACUCCAACUUUACCACAGGAAUGUACUAAGAAAAGUCCUGAAGUUGUGGCGAUAUUUAGUUCGGAUGACUUUCCCGAGUUGCCAGCUCCUCGGAGAAGUCGUUCGGUUACCCCUGCUAAGACUGAAAGUACUCCUCCACCCAAAUCAUCGGGGUGUGACGGUGAGAAGGUGCAAUCUGAAGAAUCACCUUCUCGUAAGCAUCCUCCACCUAAGGGGACCUUCUUUGAAGUAACAAUUCGAACAACACCCAGUGGAAAAAGACCGACUUUUGGUGGAAGACUUAAAGUUGUGCCACCACCAUUUUCAUUGAAUAAAUCUCCUCGAUCUUGUCGAAGUCGUCAAGAAUCAUCCUGCUCCUCCUCUACAACCAAUAACAACAACAACAAUAAAGACUGUGAUAUUGAAGAAGAAAGCUUUGUUAUCUUUUCGAAUAAUGAAAAACCUGGAGAAUGUAUGUUUACAUCGUUUAGUAGACCUCCAAGGCAACGUAAAAUGUCUGAAUGCAGUGAUGACAGUUUUGUUGUAUUCUUUACUGAAGAUGCUGAUUGUUUAGGUGGAUUACAAUGUAUUGAUGAUGAUGAUGAUUUAGAUGAAUUAUAUGAUUCUGAUGGUUCAUCAGAUGAGGAAGAAACUAGCUCUGAAGAAGAAGAUAGCUGUGAUGAUGGUUCAGAUGAUGAUGAAGAUGAAGAGGGAGAGGAGCAUGGUAUUGAUGUUGUGGAUUCUAGCUUUUUGGGACGACAUAAUAAGACUGAUAGAAAUAAGUGUGGCGAUAUUGGAACUACUACAACAACAAAUUCAUUGCUGCAACAAAUUCCAUGUGAUGGUGUUGUUGUUCCAAGGGAACAUAAACAACUUGAUUCUGGCUUUGAUGAGAAAAAGGUCACAUUCGAUCCACAUCCCGUGGUGCAUGUGAUGCAUGCUUGGAAUUAUGCAUAUCGUGCAGCAAGAAAAGGUCACUGGGAAGAUUUCGCUCGUGAUCGGACGCGUUUCCAACAACGCAUCGAACGAACAUCUGUCUAUUUAAAUCCCGUACUGACUCUAGAACAUCGUGAGAAAAUCUAUCAUAGUCGAUUUUGUGAUGAAGCAGCUUGCGUCUCCAAUCAACAACAACAACAACAAUCGCAACAAAGUCCCAUUCUAACAGUAGAUCAAGCUAGAUCUCAUCAUCGAGCUUCAGCCAGUUGCAACGAUGACAACCAAAAGUUACCAAAGUUGACGAAACUACCAGAUUGUGCUAGUUUCUAAAACAGCAAAAAAUUAAUACGAUUUAUCUCUCUUUGUUUCUCUAUCUCUCGAAUGAGGAUAAAACUUUCAGCUUCAGCAUAUUGCUGGCAUAAAUUCUGUGUUCAAAAAUUAAAAAGAAAAUAAAUUUAUAAACAAAUUAUAAGCAAUGAAUAUUAAAUUAAAAUCCACAAACAAAAUCCGUGAGACACAAAAUAUUGUUAAAACACAAAAAAA